CGCUCGGCAGUUUCAGACGUGCAGCAGACAUCGUAGACGGCGGUUGAGACUCGUGCUUAAGUUCGAAAUAUUUAAUUUUCCAAAUCGUUAACUCCACAAAGUGUUGGUGAAAAUGGUGUCCGCUCUGAAAUCCAGUUUGGCCGUGGCCAUUAUGAUCAGUUUGGCCUGUUCGGCAUAUGCCAUUAAGUGCUAUCAGUGCGAGUCCCUAACUUCGCCCAAGUGCGGUCUGAAGUUCGAGGCCGAUGACAACCUACUAAUCGAUUGUUCCCGGAUUGGACCCCCUCGCUACCUACAGAAUUUCUUCCCCCUGCGUAACGCCACUGGAUGCAUGAAGAAGACCCUUGAGAGCGUGGCCGGACAUCCGCAGAUCGUGAGGAGCUGCUACUUCGGCGACAUCAACAACAAACAGGGUGGCUGCCAGUCGGAUCCCUCGCUGCCCUUCGUGAGGCAACUGGACUGCGACGUCUGCACCAAGGACGAGUGCAACGGAUCCUCCUCCCUGGCCCCCGUUGCCGGAGCCAUCGUCCUCUUCUUCGCCGUGGCCCGUCUGCUGGCCUAGAUCUUAACUAGCUCGUAACUCGCAGUUCCACAAAUUGCUGGCCAUACGGCUCUAUUUUUGUGUAAAUUUCUUCUAAAUUUAAUUUGAUAAUAAACGACGAACAGAAGGUGUUCUAUUAAUAUACCAAAUAAAA